GAAUUAAGUCAAGAGGACUCUGCAGAUUUUUUUCCUUACAAAAUUUUCUUGGCUUGGGGGAAACUAAGAGGCAAGCUUUGCCAUGGCUCUUUCUGCUAUCCUGACAGAAGCUGAAAUUGCUGCUGGCCUACAGAGCUGUCAAGCUGCUGACUCGUUUGAUUACAAAACCUUUUUUGUCAAAGUGGGUCUCAGCUCCAAGUCCAAAGACGAACUCACCAAAGUCUUUGGCAUUCUUGACCAGGACAGGAGUGGAUUUAUUGAGGAAGAGGAACUGAAACUUUUCCUGAAGCAUUUCUCUGCCAGUGCCAGAGCUCUGACUGAUGCUGAGACCAAGGCGUUCCUGGCAGCAGGGGAUAGUGAUGGAGAUGGCAAAAUUGGAGUGGAUGAGUUUCAAGCUCUGGUCAAAUCUUAACGAGCAGUCAAGAUAAAGACCAAGAUAUCUGUGCCAUAAACAAUCUUUUCUAUUGCAAGUCUACUAGUUAUUUACGUAUGUUGUACCCUGGAAGGUCAUGAAAGACUGUUGGCAAGUGAUUUCAUACUGCUGGAAAACAUCUAAAGUAGUACAAGCACUACUUAAACCACGUUUUAAGCAGAAGGUCUAUACCACUGGGAGACUGAACUGGAAUCCACUCUGCUCAUCUGGAUUUUGGGCAUUAAAGGUACAAAUAAAAGUAGUAAGAGGAGAAAUUUAAAGCAUCUAUGUGGGCCAUCGAAUUUUCAAUAUUUGCAUAAAUAGCUAGCACAUGUUGGAAAAAAAUAGAAUUAAUAAAAUGUCCAGGUGUAAAACCUGGUUAUGGUAACUGGUAUCAGUGGUAUUUAAUCAAGAGGUGUAUUUAAUGUUCCAUAUGCUUUUAUGUCACUCUUUACACAACUGAUUAUGUUUCAGAGACUAAUUAUAUGGCAGGACCUAGCACCAAUUAAACCACCAAUUUAAGAUCAACUGGAUCCAGGAUGAAUCUAGAUUACUGAAAUAGCAAUACACUCAAAAUCCUCCAAGGAAUCCCUCACCUUCGUGCCCACCCGAUGGCACUAUUGUUCCACUGCUGAGGAGUUAAACCGGAAU